UCUCGAGGAUUCUUUCAUGACGUGGAACAAAUAUCCAAAAUUUUUGCUCCAAUUAAAGCUACAAUUUUGCGAUUAGAAAGAGCGGAUUGUACAAUGGCAAAUUGUUUUAUUCAAUUAGUUUGUUUAAUUGCAACUAUUUCUUAUAUACCAAAAGAAAGAGAUACGAUUGCAUUUCAAAAUUAA